CAUUCUCCCUUAAAAGGCUUCCAUGUAUUUUAUGUCACACCUUUUGUUCAGUAGUAGAGCUUCCUUCGGCUCCUUCUCCUCUCUAGAAAUAAGAACAAACACACACAUGUAAGCACAAAAUAGAAUGAGAGUUGAAGCCUAAGGGAGUGGCCGCCCAUAAAUGUCAAUUGGAUACAGUGAAACAAUGCGCUGGUGCAGAGCGUGUGUCGGGAUCCAAUGUCUACUUUCUUGGCUGUUUAAAGGUAUAUGGACACAGCAAGCAUUUACACUUGCUGAUGUCAGCGAGACAUGGAGUGGAAACAAGCAAUAAUUUGUCAUAUAAAAUACCUGGGCAGUUGCCGUAGCAGAUUCUCCAUUGGAAGGAAUACAAAAUCCAUAACACUUUUAUGCAUGUCCACAAAGUUUCAUGCAGUAUAUAACACUGUACAAGACCACUGUACAUUUACGCAAGCUGUUGCUCGACCCGGACCUAAUGCAAUAUCGUUUCAACCGAGAUAAACAGCCUGGAAUACUGGCAGACAUCUAUGACGGGGGUAUACGUAUACCAGAAGCACUCCAAUUUUUUAACAUCCUUACCAUGUCUCUUUUGCCUUAAAUUUUGAUGGGGCUCCCAGAUUUAAAUCCUCAGCUGUUCAAAUUUGGCCAGUGAUGCUUUCUUUGAAUGAACUCCCACCAAACGUCCAUUGUUGUAGGGCUCAUAUGUUUCUGGCAGGAAUCUGGUGUUCGUCAAAGAAGCCUCCCACAGCUCACUGUUUGAAGGCAGUAGUUGAAGAGCUAGAGUUUCUUGCCACUGAAGGGAUAAGAGUUAACAUUAGGGGGCAGGGGUCAGUAAUCUGCAAGCCUCAACUGUUAUUAGCUCUGGUUGAUUUGCCUGCCAAAGCUGCCCUCUACAAUGUGAUGGCCGUUUUGGGUGCCCAUGCUGUGGUAGCAGUUGGAAGAGGAAGAACGAGGGUAUAUGUGUACAAGAGAGAGAACAGCAAUGCGGAAUGGAGUAGAACACUUGGAACAUGCUCUUGAAGCAGAGUCAACACAUCAGGCUGUGUUUGGAGUAAAAGGAAGAUCAGCUCUUCAUGGACUAACUGGCUUUGAUGUGAUUGACCAAGAUCCUGUUGAUUACAUGCAUUGUGUGCUGCUAGGUGUGGUCAGGACACUAAUCUCCUUCUGGUUUGACAGCAAAUACCACAUAGAGUUGUGGUAUAUACGUGUGUUUGUAA